AUGGCGACUACGAUACAAGAGCCUAUCGAGCCUAUCACCGCUGAUCAGCACUCUGAGGACGAAAACGAGUUUCAGACAUCUGAUUUCGACUCGUCGACAUUGUCAUCUAGUUCAACGAGUCUAAACACGAGCAUCUAUCAGCAUGCUUUUGAGAACGGACGACGGUAUCAUCAAUACCGUCAUGGAACAUAUCCAAUCCCAAACGACGAUGCAGAGCAGAACCGCGACGAUAUGAAGCACGCCAUGAUGCUGGAACUCACCAAUGGUAAUCUUUACUUCUCGCCAAUUGCCGAUUAUCCUCAAAAGAUCAUCGACCUUGCCACCGGAACUGGCAUCUGGGCCAUUGAUAUCGCCGAUAAAUUCCCCAGUGCUUCAGUUGUGGGAGUUGAUCUUAGCCCCAUUCAGCCAUCCUGGGUCCCUCCCAAUCUGAAAUUCCUUGUCGACGAUAUCGAAGAUGAGUGGAUACACGGUGAUGACUAUGACUUUGUGCACAUGCGCUGUAUCAGCCCGUGGCUAAAAGACGAAGUCAAGGUUCUCCGCCAAGCUCAUGAACACAUGAAGCCAGGAGCUUGGAUCGAAAUCCAAGAGCUCGACGCGCGCGCAAACUGUGACGACGGCUCUCUUCCUAAAGACGCUCCAUUGGCAAAGUUCUUCGACACGGCAGCUACAGCAGUAGCAAGCUUCGGUAUGAAAUUUCGCGCGGGCGAGAAUCUGCGUGAGCCACUCGAAAAGGCCGGUUUUGUCAAUGUGAGCUGUAAAGUUCUCAAAGUCCCGAUUGGAACAUGGGCAAAGGACAAGAAACUUCGCCUUAUCGGCCUCUACCUCAAGACUGCAGUCAGCGACAUGUUUGGAGCCAUGGCUGCCAAGCCGCUACGCAAGGUUAUGGGUCCAGAUGAGAUUGAACUAUUUUUGAUCGACGCGCGAAAGGAUUUGAACAAUAUGAACUAUCAUGCGUAUGAGAACUAUUACUUCUGGAUGGGGCAGAAACCUGAAUAA